CAGCAGGAAGUGACUCUCUGCCACCAUCUUGUGUAGAGACCGUAAACAUCCAGUCAGUGGGUGAGACUAACUUUCGAUUCACAUUUCUGAAGCGCAGCAUAUUAAGGCUGGUUGCACUAGAAGAUAUGGGUAUUGCUGGUAAAGCUGUCGCCAUUGGAGCAGGGGCGGUCGGUGCAGUCGGUGCUGUGGCCCUGGCUCCUGUUGUUCUGGGAGCUGCAGGUUUCACCUCAGCUGGAAUAGCUGCAGGCUCCAUUGCUGCCCAAAUGAUGUCAGCUGCUGCGGUUGCUAACGGAGGAGGAGUGGCAGCAGGAAGUCUGGUGGCUGUUCUGCAGUCAGCAGGUGCAGUUGGUCUGUCAACAACUGCCACUGCAGCUGUGGCCAGCAUUGGAGGAGCAGUGGGAUGGCUGACCAGCUUUCUAAUUCCAUCCUCCAAAAAGAAGAAGAAUGAUGAUGAUGAUGAUGAUGAUGAUGAUGACAAUGAUGAUGGCAAUGAUGAUGGAAAAAUGAAUAAAAAUUAAUGAAUUUACAAUA